AUGAAGGUGAACUACAAGGUCCAGUCUUCUACUCAGGACCCUGCUCCUCCUGCGGCUAAACCCAGGGCGGUGGGGGGGAGGUCUGGCUUGGCGUCGGGGCAUGAGCCUUCUGACCAGCUACCUGUGAUGCCUUCUGACCAGCUACCUGUGAUCUCUCCAGAGCCUUCUGACCAGCUACCUGUGAUGCCUUCUGACCAGCUACAUGUGAUCUCUCCAGAGCCUUCUGACCAGCUACCUGUGAUCUCUCCAGAGCCUUCUGACCAGCUACAUGUGAUCUCUCCAGAGCCUUCUGACCAGCUACCUGUGAUCUCUCCCGAGCCUUCUGACCAGCUACAUGUGAUCUCUCCAGAGCCUUCUGACCAGCUACCUGUGAUCUCUCCAGAGCCUUCUGGCCAGCUACAUGUGAUCUUUCCAGAGCCUUCUGACCAGCUACCUGUGAUCUCUCCAGAGCCUUCUGACCAGCUACCUGUGAUCUCUCCCGAGCCUUCUGACCAGCUACCUGUGAUCUCUCCCGAGCCUUCUGACCAGCUACCUGUGAUCUCUCCUGAGCCUUCUGACCAGCUACAUGUGAUCUCUCCAGAGCCUUCUGACCAGCUACCUGUGAUGCCUUCUGACCAGCUACCUGUGAUCUCUCCAGAGCCUUCUGACCAGCUACAUGUGAUCUCUCCUGAGCCUUCUGACCAGCUACCUGUGAUCUCUCCAGAGCCUUCUGACCAGCUACCUGUGAUCUCUCCAGAGCCUUCUGACCAGCUACCUGUGAUCUCUCCAGAGCCUUCUGACCAGCUACCUGUGAUCUCUCCUGAGCCUUCUGACCAGCUACCUGUGAUCUCUCCAGAGCCUUCUGACCAGCUACCUGUGAUCUCUCCUGAGCCUUCUGACCAGCUACCUGUGAUCUCUCCAGAGCCUUCUGACCAGCUACCUGUGAUCUCUCCAGAGCCUUCUGACCAGCUACCUGUCAUGCCUUCUGACCAGCUACCUGUGAUCCCUCCAGAGCCUUCUGACCAGCUACCUGUGAUCUCUCUAGAGCCUUCUGACCAGCUACCUGUGAUCUCUCCUGAGCCUUCUCACCAGCUACCUUUGAUCUCUCCUGAGCCUUCUGACCAGCUACCUUUGAUCUCUCCUGAGCCUUCUGACCAGCUCGGGCCGCUGGUGAGUCCCAGACAAACUAACCUGUCACCCCCUGUCCCCAGGUGA